AUUCUAUACUUACUUGUUACUAAUACACAGCACACAUAUCCUCAACAUUAACUGUUAAUAUAUUUUUCAAGACCAGUGAAAAGUCUUCUCUGAACUGUGAAGGGUGUACACCUGUACACUUUGUAUUGUAAAAUGUCUUUGAAUUGGAAUGCAGUUCGACCUUAUGAAGUGCAACCAUUAACACAGACAACAAUGGAGAAUGAAAAUAGUUCAGUUGCUCGCGAGGAAGGAUCUGUUUUAAACGAGGAUAAUUUUAUUAGAACUACAAUGAGUAGCAGUACAGUUUCAGCUUCUUCAGUAAUUAUUCCCGUUCUUCUUGUUCUUGCUUUUCUUGCUGUUCUUCUUAUAAUCACAGUGAUAAUUUACUGUAAGAGAAAAAGAAGAGGGAAGGAUAGGCCUGAUAUAGGGUUGCCCUCUUCCCCAAUCUCAACUCUAGGAAAUCAAUAUCAAAUCAAAGAUUUUAUCAGCUCGAACAAUGAGAGAAAAUUUUCAGACAAGUCUUCUUACAGUGUAGAGGAGUUAGAGGAGUGUAUUAGGAAAGAUUCUGCCUACGGGGACGGCGUGCGUAUCAGCAAAUAUAUAGAUGCUGUUUCUGAAGGAGAUCUUCACAAAAAAAUGGAGACCAUCGAGAGGAGCGGUAAACCAGUCAGUGAAAAAGUUGUAGAAAGAGAAAAUGGAAAACUCCUCCCUGAAAUACUACUUGAAGGAGAUGAGGUUGAUGGAGAUAUGAAUUCUACCCAUCUUGAUACAAGAUUAGGGUUCUCUAUACAAUACCUGGAUGUGCUAGCUCCUAUUGCUGGAGGAGAGAGUAAUCCUUCCUCCAGACCUCACUCCGUAUAUACCAAUACACAGGAGCAGGGUGGAGACCAACCUGGAGCUCAACCUCAAGGAGGAGAAGGAGAGAAGAAAAGAGAUCUAUACAGACCUUACUCACAAAUCAUUGAGUCGAACCAAAGAAAUGAAAUCACAAAAAAGAAGAAUGAGCUACAGGGUGCCCAAAGUGAAAUGUUCCUGUCUGUGGCAUCUCCUAAACCUUACUCAGCGAAAUCAGAAUCCAAUCUCUCCUCGCGCCCAACAGGCUCCUCUAAUCUACCUCCGGUGCCUCCGAAGAGAACUCCUUUGCUUCCUCCGAAACAAGCUGUUGGGAAGAGCAGGGAAGAUAUUGAUAGAAUCACCAAGGAGAUCUUGAGAUCCUCAGUUCUUCCAACAAUUACAAAACUAGAAGAGGUUGACGAGGACUAUGAUCUACCUGUACCUGGAGCUGGACUGAGGGUUGAUGAGAAGGAUGCGAAAAACGAGGAUGAGGAUUACGAUGAACCUCCAGUAUCAUUCUCACAGGAGGAUUAUGAUGAACCAACGCAUUCAUUUCAAGAAAAUAACACCAGUGCUGGUUCCAGGUACUACUUUACUCCCAGGAAAGAAUAUGCUGAAGAUUACGAGGAGGAAAUCCAACCCAACCCUCCAGCACUCCGACCCAACCCGGAGCUAAAACGAACCCCGUCCUACCAGGAUUAUGAUGAACCAACAAUCUCUCAUAGAAACUCGGACUAAUCCAAAAUCUGUUUUAAACCUAAUUCUACCCAUCAUGUUUCCAAAAAUAAUGUCAAUGCUACAUUGAAAAUGCUACUGAAACUUGAAAGUAAAGAAAUAAAACAAA